AUGCUGGGAUACCUAGGAAACAGCAGCAGCAUGUCCUCUACCUUCCUGCUGAGUGGCAUUCCUGGGCUUGAGCAUUUGCACAUCUGGAUCUCCUUCCCUUUGUGCUUCAUGUAUCUGAUUUCCAUCCUAGGCAACUGCACGAUUCUCUUUAUCAUUAAAACUGAGCCUUCACUCCAUGAGCCUAUGUACCUCUUCCUGUCCAUGCUGGCUCUCACUGACCUGGGGCUUUCUCUUUGCACCCUUCCCACAGUGCUGGGCAUCUUUUGGGUGGGAGCAAGAGAUAUUAGUCAUGAUGCCUGCUUUGCUCAGCUUUUUUUCAUUCACUGUUUGUCCUUUCUAGAGUCCUCUGUGCUCCUGUCUAUGGCUUUUGACCGGUUUGUGGCCAUUUGCCGUCCCUUGCACUACGCUUCCAUUCUCACCAACACAGUCAUUGGCAGAAUCGGUCUGGCUUCCCUGGCCCGUAGUGUAGCACUCAUUUUCCCAUUGCCUUUUAUGCUCAAAAGAUUCCCAUAUUGCAGCUCUCCAGUUCUCUCCCAUUCCUAUUGCCUCCACCAAGAAGUGAUGAAACUGGCCUGUGCAGAUAUCAAAGCCAAUAGCAUCUAUGGCAUGUUCGUCAUUGUGUCCACAGUGGGUGUGGACUCGCUGCUCAUCCUCUGCUCCUAUGCCCUCAUCCUCAACACUGUGCUGUCUAUUGCCUCCAGGGCUGAAAGGCUCAAAGCUCUGAACACCUGUGUUUCCCAUAUCUGUGCUGUGCUCCUCUUCUACACACCCAUGAUUGGCUUGUCUGUCAUCCACCGCUUCGGGAAGCAGGCACCCCAUCUGGUGCAGGUGAUCAUGGGCUUUGUGUAUCUUCUUGUCCCUCCUGUGAUGAACCCCAUUGUCUAUAGUGUGAAGACAAAACAGAUCCGAGAUCGGGUCGCUCAUGCUUUUUGUUCCUGA